AUGUCCGCGCAAAUGCAAGACCGAGUCGCCUCCGAGACGACCGUGGUGGCAUCUUUCCGCAAAAACCUCUUCUCCUCGGUUCCCCCUAUACCAGAUACCGUCGAUCUUAGAGGACAAACUGCCAUAAUCACUGGCUCCAAUACUGGUAUCGGCCUUGAAGCAUCCCGCCAGCUACUCCAACAGGGCCUCAGUCACCUCAUCUUGGCAGUCCGCUCACAGACCAAGGGUGAUGAAGCAGCCCGUCAACUCGGCUCCCAAUUCCCCAAUGCCAACCUACAAGUCUGGCUCCUGGACAUGGAGUCGGACGCGUCGGUCCGGGGCUUCGCCCGUCGCUGCGAGUCGCUGGAACGAAUCGACAUUCUUAUCCUCAAUGCCGCCAUCGCCAAGGCGACGUUUCAGAGGAGCAACGGAGGCGAGGGUCGCGAGGUGUCUCUCCUGGUCAACUACAUCAACACCAUGCUCCUGGCCAUCCUCAUGAUCCCGGUCCUGAAGACCAAGCGCCAGGGUCGCGGGCCUAUUCGCUUGACCAUUGCCGGCUCCGAUACGUCCUACUGGGGUAUACUACCGGAGACAUCUGGGUCUCUCCUCGACGCCGUCGACACCGAGAAGUCAUACGACGGGCUGAAGCAUUACAGCAACACCAAACUCCUGCUGGUGAUGGGUGUCGUCAAGCUGUCAGAGACCGUCGCUGCGGACGAGGUCAUCAUCAACUACGCCAACCCCGGCGCCACCAAGAGCACUGGCCUCAACCGUGAGGCUGCGGGCAUCUGGAAGGUCAUCGCAUUCGUUAUAGCCCAAAUCGCCGGACGGAAUAUUGUCGACAGCGCCAGGCAGUACCUACACUCGGCAGUGGUCCUGGGUAAGGAAUCCCACGGCUCCUUCACCGACUUUGCGAUCAGGCCGUAUCCUAAGCUCAUGUACACCAAAGCCGGCCGAGAAAAGAUGGACAGUCUCUGGAACGAGACUUUGUCGGAGCUCAAGCUUUAG